GGCUUCCUCUUCAGCGAACACACACACUUCCUCCACUACAGCAACACUUUGCUUGACUGCUGUGAGGCUCUCAGACAGAUUGGCUAUAUGUUCAUACGAAACCUGCCAGUAAAGAUAGUAUGUUUGGUGUCUGAGACAGUGAAGGGGCCAGAAUGCAGAGCAUCAAGUGUGUGGUGGUAGGAGACGGUGCAGUGGGGAAGACCUGCCUCCUCAUCUCCUACACCACCAACGCCUUCCCCAAGGAGUACAUCCCCACUGUGUUUGACAACUACAGCGCCCAGGUGACUGUGGACAGCAGGACUAUUAGCCUCAACCUGUGGGACACAGCAGGCCAGGAGGAGUACGACCGCCUGCGCACCCUCUCCUACCCUCAGACCAACGUGUUUGUCAUCUGCUUCUCUGUUGCCAGCCCCCCCUCCUUUGAGAACGUCAAGCACAAGUGGCACCCAGAGGUCACCCACCACUGUCCCAAUACACCCAUUCUGCUGGUGGGCACCAAGAAGGACCUGCGUAAUGACUCGGAGGUGUUGAAGAAGCUUAAAGAUCAGAACCAGACGACCAUCACCCAACAGCAGGGCAUCGCCCUGGCCAGGCAGAUCCAAGCCAUCAAGUACCUCGAAUGCUCUGCCCUCAACCAAGACGGAAUCAAAGAGGUGUUCGCUGAGGGUGUGCGAGCCUUUCUCAACCCACAACCUGUCGCCACCAAGAAACCCUGUGUGCUAUUGUAAAGGCAGUAGAGAUACUAUCACGUAUGCAAAUCAAACAGAACAAUAUUAAUUAAUUGAAUGUGUGUAAACCAUUGGAGUUGAUUUUAUUGUGAAAUAUGUUUUUGUUGUACUGCUGAUAACAAACACUGCUAUAUCAAGACUUCCUUGAGACAAGGGGAUCAUUGAGGCAGAGCCAUUGGCUCAAGAUGGAUGCCUCAAAACUGAGCCAAUGUUAGGUAGGCAAGACAGGCCUGGGUCAAAUGCUGUCUGCAAGAAUCCUUACUUUUGUAUAUCCAUUAUUUUUCCCCCUUCCUUUAUAGCAAUUAACCAAAAAGACCUGAGACUUUCUGAUGAGGAGAUACAUUCUCUCAUUUAUCAGUGCUUGUAUUGUUGUCACAUUUUGACAUGUAUGGCCUUUACAAAAAUAAUUAAAACAUAUCAGGAAUUUAAAUAUCCAUACUCCCAUAA